AUGGACCGAUUUCAGCAUGUAGAGGGGUUUCCUGCAAUUAGGGAGUUCCACGUGAUCUCGACUGUGCAAACAGAACGAGGGGAAUGUCCCCUCCUCAAUCUCCCUGGCGAACUGCGGAACCGAAUCUAUGAUCAUGUUCUGGACGAGAAUAAGUUCAGAGUGUUGCGCAAGCCGAAAAUCCUUAAGUCUAAAGACCACAUCUUCAAGACGAGCCUUUGGAGCUCACCGGGCCUUGGCCUGACGCAAGUGUGUCGCAGCAUCCGCUCGGAGUUCCUGCCAUCAUAUAGGGCUGUGACACUGGGCAAUGUGGUGCCGCAAGAGCUCUACGAAUACAUCGACACCUUUCUUAGGGAGCCAGGCAAGAAGAAUGAGGAAGUUAUCGGCUCUGUCAUCAUUGACUUUUGGGCGAACAUCUCCUCGUCUCUCGAUAUCAAGCCCCUACUGCGCCUUCUAAGAAGGGCGACAAACCUUCAUGUCGGCACAUACGACAUCAUUCAGCCGGAAGGCUUUGUAGUUGCCGGCCGCACUCCGGUGCCAGAUGUUCAGGACAUCUUGACUAGCCUCUACGACGUCGUCGACCUAGAAGCGUUCUACAAUUACGUCGAAAGAGCGAUUAUUGCGCUUGAAGUGGAGUCCGACGAGACGAAAGGCGUUGAGAUCGUCUUCGAGCUUGGCGCGGACUACUGGGAGGAGUGGAUGGGCGUGUGGAGUAAGCCUGACCAUGACCCCAGCUAUCGCAUUCCAUUGGAGCUAGGAGACAAGGUUGUGCAGUGGGGAAGGGGAUGCGGGAUGGAGCUUGACCGAGCUGCGGGAAGUCAUUUGACUGUAAACUUUCGCCGUGGACUGCAGGCACUGCCAGCGCCUGUUGGUUGA